UUUAUGUGAAAGGUGGCGAAAGUGAAAAAAAGUUAAUUGUUUGAAUUUAAAACGGUUAUUUGGGUGGAAUAAUUAAAUUUUAAAUAAAUUGAUUAAUUUUCUACAUAAAUAAUCAGCUGUCAUGCCUCAUAAAAAGUCAAAUGACACAUUGUCCAAAUGUUUCCAAAUGAGGAAAUCAGCUGAGGAUUUGUUGAACAAUAUGCCGUCGACGCCAACCGCACGAUUUUGUAGCAGACGAAUGACGGAAUUUCAGCAGGGAACUCCUGAAUGUUUCAGCGCGGUGGCCAUCGAUUCUCCGCUGCUUAAAAGUAGAAACAUCGGAUUGAGCGCAGAUGUGCUGAAUAUCGGCCAGAGGAACGAUGAUGACGACAGUUCCAUUACUGUUGGCGUGAGAGUACGGCCAUUUACCCAGAGAGAACUGGAUGAAGAGGAUGUGAAGUGUAUAGUGUCGAUGAGAGGCAAUGAGACAGUGGUCACUCCGGAGAAAGGUGAUCCACUGAGGUUCACAUACGAUUAUUCUUUCUGGUCAUUCGAUCAAUCGUCCGAUUCGUAUGCUGACCAGGUAAAAGUUUACACCGCACUGGCCCAACCACUGUUGAAUAAAGUGUUUGAAGGAUACAAUGCCUGCCUAUUUGCAUACGGGCAGACCAGUAGUGGAAAAAGUUAUAGUGUCAUGGGGCAUGGUAAUGAUGUUGGAAUUGUGCCCAGGUUCUGUGGUGAGCUUUUCCAAAGAAUUCAAAAUAACUCAGAUGACAAUGUCAUAUACAAUGUAGAGAUAAGUUUCUUCGAGAUAUACAAUGAGAAGAUACACGAUCUGCUUGGUUCAUCUUCUGGGAAGGAUAAAUCAUUCAAGAAACCAAAUUUGAAAGUGAGAGAGCACCCGGUGAUGGGUCCGUUCGUCGAUGGACUGUCAACGUACGUCGUGAAGUCGUUCGAGGACAUCGAAACGUGGCUGAACGUCGGAAACAAACGCCGUGCCACUGCCUGCACUGGCAUGAAUGACAACAGCAGUAGGUCGCACUCCGUCUUCACUCUCAUUCUUACGCAGACAAAGACGUCAGUGAUAGAGGGCACGUCGCAUUCCCAUAACAUCACCAGUAAGAUCAAUCUGGUCGAUCUGGCUGGCAGUGAGAGGCAGUCGCUGGCUAAAACAUCUGGUGACAGGCUGAAGGAAGGGUCCAGUAUAAACAAAUCCCUGAUGGCCUUGGGGAAGGUCAUAUCCGUGCUCUCCGAGCAGCAGACCAAUAAGAACAAGAAGAAUCAAUUCAUCCAAUACAGAGAGACUAUACUUACUUGGCUGUUGAAAGAGAGUCUUGGUGGCAAUUCGAAGACAUGCAUGCUCGCAACAAUCAGCCCAUCCAACCUCAACACAGAAGAGACUUUGAGUACUCUGAGGUAUGCAAAGCAGGCAAGAAGCAUUGUGAAUAACGCCAGGAUCAAUGAAGAUCCAAACGCUAGAAUCAUUAGAAGUCUUCAGAUGGAGAUAGAGAAACUGCGAGCCCUCGCUUCGGGUAACGGGGACUUAGUUGGGGGAGUAUUAGGGGGAAAUGGAUUGAGUGACGGUGAAGAAAGAUGUUUGAUGGAGAUCAAGUCGUUGAAGGAGGAACUGACGAGAAAGGAGAGGGAGAUGGUUGAAAUGAACAAGUCCUGGCAAGAGAAGUUGAAACAGUCAGAGGCAUGCAAACAGGAAGAAGCCAGACAAUUAGAGAAGUCGGGGAUAUCACUGAAGAUUGACCGGGACCUGCCGUCGCUGGUGAACUUGAAUGAGGAUCCACAACUGAACGAGGUGCUGGUGUACGUUCUGAGGAGAGGUGUCACCAGGGUUGGCAGGCUCAGAGAAGAUUGUUCGUUGGAGAUCCAACUCACCGGUGCACUCAUAUCUGACGAACAGUGUAAAUUCGAGUUUGAUGGCCGGCGUGUGACCUUGACCUCACUGGGAAACUCAUUAACAUAUGUUAAUGGCAGGCUUCUUGAUAAUGCAUUACCAGUUUUCAUCCACAAUGGAGAUAGAAUUGUCUUAGCUGGAGAUCACUUUUUUAGAUUCAUAAACCUGCUUGAAGAAGUUAAAGGUUCGUCGGUCAAUCCUAUCCAGUCCCUACAGCCGAAAGAUUUUUACUUUGCAUACCAGGAGUUCAGCACAAUGCAAAACGCUAGAUUAGAGUCGGAGUUGCUGAAGACUAGAGAGAGGCAUAAUGAGGAGAUGAAACUGCUGGCGAGUCAGACGAAUGAGGAGACUACACGGAUGCAGCAGCAACUUGCACAGUCCAGGUUGCAGGCGGACAAUCUCCUGGUCGAGUAUCAGAAUAAGGUCACGACCUUGGAGAAAAUGUUGAAGGAGCAUGGACAUGACCACACGACCGCCCUGGAUCAAAUUAGGAAAUUAAAAUUCGAAAAUCAAACAUUGGAAAGAAAGCUGGAGAUAUUGAAAAUGACACAGAACAGUAUAGAUAAUGUGGAAGUACCAUUGAAAAAAUGUUGCCCGAAUUUACUGACGUGUCUCGAUGACAUGAAGAAAAACCUCAAAUUCUGCAAAGAUUAUAUGGGAGGAGUCAACGCUGAUGAUGGACAGGUGGUUAUUAAGGUGCUGAGAACAUCGUUGAAUAUAUCAACGUUCUGGUCACUUGAUAAGUUUGAAGCCAAGUUGCAAGAUAUGAGAGACCUUUACAUGGAUAAGAUAGACUCUAGUAGAUCAGACGAGAUAUUUUUUGAUCCACGUGACGCUUGGGAGAGUGAGUACAAGCUCACAUCAUCUCCACUCACCAAUCAAUUACAUAUGCGACGUAGCAUUUCCCUGCAGAAUACAAAGAUCCAAUCACCAAUCAAUCUGAACUUUACACUUGGGUUUCUUGACCUGUCCAUAGCAGAAUCCUCACCCAACUCUCCAACAUCCACCGCUAACACGAAGACACUGACUUCAGACCGGCCACUUACCACAGCCACUGCCAGAACCAACGACUUGGUCACAAACGCACCUGCAUCCAAUAUGUUCUCUCAACUUAUUGACUUUGGUCUCAAAGACUUUAAAGUAAUAACGUUCGAUGACUCAUUGGCCGAUCGAGUUUUAUAUCUAUGCCAAAGAGUUUAUAACCUCACCAAUGAAUUGAAUAAUUCUUUCUUCGAAGACAACGCCAACUUUGAUUUUGAUACAAAAAUAACCUCUGUCUCGUCAUUGGUCCAUGCUUUUAACUCCCUACAAACCCGCCUUUCUGAUUGGCUGUGGAAAUUAAAUUCCAGCCAGUCGGAAAUCAUCGUUUGCUCUAAAGAGAAACUCACUAAUUCCAUUUUUACCAUUGGUGGAUGCAUGCAAUUUUUUAUUCAGGGACUUGAAAGUAGCAUCCCGUCACUAGUGGAAGAGUAUAAGAACAAGAUACUGGAAGAGGUACUGAACAUUUGUUAUCAUUGUGGAAAGUUCGCUCAGACAUGCCGACUGGACUGCUACAGUUUGAAGUCUGUGGUGGCUCUCAUUGAUGAUGACGAUGAAGAUGGCAGGAAGCUUUCGAACCCGAUAAAGGCGUCAUUCAUUCGCGGAUGCAACGAGUUUGUGGACGACGCAUUGAGUGCUGCCGUGAGUACUGUGCAUGAAAACAAAUGCAGGGCCAUCAACGUCUUCCAAUGUGUCAAACAAAAACUUAAGCCCUCUACUCGAGAUCUAAUGAAGAAAACAUACAAGACAGCUUCGUCCAUUCUGUCCCUUCUUCAGAAUCUCAAAUUAAUUCAAACUCGGCUCAUGGCUUCAGAAAGUAGCUACAGCCACCAACAGCAACAACAACCGCUACAACAACAGCAGCCACAACUACAAACACAAAAUAUGGAUAGUGAUUUGUUUCUGAACGCCCAUAACAGGUGCAAAUUCUUCAGCAUCCAGUACUCUGGCAUUGUUGACUGCACCAUGCAGCUGAUUGAUAUGAUCACUUAUAUCAUAGCAGAUGAAAGCGUGAUUAUAAACGUCACCAGUUUGAAGUCACUCCUCGAAGCGAUGGAAUGUCACGCCAACAAUCUCACCAACAAUCCAUACAUCACUUCAUACAAACAUAUGCUUGAUUCCGCUGCACGCUCUCUCAACGUGACAUCUCUCUCCGACAUUUCAAUGUUUAGAGAUCGAUCCUGCUGUUUGGAUGGCUCGUUGGAUGAGUCGCAGAUUGAACUGCUCGAGGCGGCCGUUGCCGAAAUAAAGUCAGCCGUCAGUGACUUUGGUUCAUUUGUAACAUCGAAGGGAUGCUAGAAUUUUUUUCUUAUCUAUCGUGAUACAAAGUUUUCACAUACAUAUUUAUGAAAUUUCUAAAAUUCGACGUUUUUAUUUAAGUUGCUUGUCUAUUUAUUUACAUUAUUUUAUAAUUAACAAAGAAGUUUUGUUGUACAUAAUGCUUUUUUUAUUUAUAUCCUUAAUUUUCAGUCAUAUUCUGUCUUCCUGUUAUUUCCUAAGUGUCUUUCUUGUAUAUAUCUUAAAUAUUGUGACCUUUAUAUCGUCAACUUCUCAUUCUUGAUGCAGUUAAUUAACCGCUUUCAAUGAGUGAGGUAUGAUUUUGAAGCGAACUAUUUUUAUUAAAUAGUCAUUAAAAAUU